AUGUUUGAGAAAUACAAGCCUCCUCGCAGCUACGGCAGCAGCGGCGGCGCCCUGAGCCUCACCGGGCUGGAGAGCAUGUCCCCGGCCGAACAGACAGCCCGUAUCCUUGCCGUGGCGAACGACAUGGCAGCGUCGAUAAUAUAUAUCGCCAAACAAGCUGAAGCCGGCAACCUAACCAACAGCCAGACCAUCCCAAUCUAUAACUUCAUCGACAGCAUCCUGGGCCUCGAACGCAGCCAGAAGAAAAGUCUGAUGAGGGAGCUGGAGAUGCAAGGGUCGCAGAUCGCGCUGAUGGAGAAACAACACCGCAGGGACAUCGAGGAGCUGACCAAGUGCGCGAUAGAGACAAUCACGCAGAUGAAUGCGAAGAUUGAGCAGCUACAGAAGGACAAUUCUGCAUAG